AUGGAGCGUUUCAAUCAAGUCGCAGUGUCGAAUGACAAGAAGUAUGCCAACGUUGGAGCCGGAACUCGCUGGGUCGAUGUCUACAAGGGUGUCGAGAAAUCUGGUGUCAGUGUUGUUGGAGGCAGAAUGGCUCCAGUCGGUGUUCCGGGACUCGUUCUUGGUGGCGGGAUCUCGUUCUUCUCGAACAAGCUGGGAUGGGCAUGCGACAACGUUGCUAGCUAUGAGGUUGUGACUGCGUCUGGUCUCGUUGUCACCGCAAGCCCAACUCAGUUCGCUGAUCUGUACUGGGCUCUUCGCGGUGGCGGUAACAACUUUGGUAUAGUUACUAACUUCAAGCUCAACGCCUUUCCCCUUGGCAAGAUGUGGGGUGGCCAGCGCAUUUUCACAGAGAACAACUUCCCAGCCGUCCUCGACGCUAUCUACAAAUUCGCUACUGUCGGCUCUUCGAAGGAUACCGACGCUGCCGAGAUCGUAUCAUUUGGCAACUACCCAGGGAUGGGCAAAAUCGCGAUCGUUCAAACGCAUUACGCCCAGCCCAUUGCCAAUGCCUCUGUCUUUGAUGAUAUCAACGCUCUCACGCCUGUCAUGGAUGACACGGGAAUUGGCUACCUCAGCGAGCUUACUGUCAAGAUGAAUGGUGGCUCACCGAACGACACGCUUGGCUCCCUCCAAACCCAAUGGGACGCCACAUUCAAGGUCGAUCGCGAGCUAUUCAGCUUCCUUGUCAAUACCUUCUACAGUCUCAUCCCAGACGUACAAGAUCUUCAAGGCGCAUUCCCAACAAUCUCCAUUCAGGCUAUCACUGAAGGUCAACUGAAGGGUAUGCAGAAGAACGGUGGCAACGCCCUUGGUCUUACGCCCGCUAAAGGCCCUAUCUUCAUAAUGAACAUGAGUGCAUCGUUCACCAACGCAGCUGAUGAAGCAACUAUCUUGAAGUUCCUAUCUACGAUCAUCAAGAAGGUCAAGGCAGAGGCAAAAGCCAAAGGCGUGGACAAUGACUACAUCUACAUGAACUACGCGUCGCAGUUCAUGGAUCCGAUCGCUAGUUACGGAGCGGCGAAUGUUAAGAAACUGGUCUCUGUGAGCAAAAAGUACGAUCCCGCUCACGUCUUCCAGAACUUGCAUCCGGGCCAUUUCAAGCUGAGCAAGGGCGCCCCAAAUCCAAACAUGCCAUAA